AUGGAACGGAUGAAUUUUAUGUUAAGCUUAACUCAGGAAAGUGCAUCUGUCUGCAUUAGUGAGCUCCGUAUGGAUAGAGCAACUUUUAGGGUGCUAUGCGAUAUGGUAAGGGACAUCGGUGGUUUAAAACCUACUAGAAACACAUCCAUAGAAGAGGUAGUAGCAAUGUUCUUGUUCAACCAUGAUGGUCGUGUGCUUCGAGAUGCAAUCUCAAGGAACCAAGGUCUACGAGUCCCUCGCGAUUGUUAUUAUUUAGUUGAUUUUGGUUAUUGCAAUGCAAAUGGUUUUCUUGCUCCAUAUCAAGGGCAACGAUAUCAUUUAAAGGAGUUUGAUGGUCAUCGACGUGAGACUCCUCAGGAAUAUUUCAACAUGAAACACGCUAAAGCAAGGAAUGUGAUUGAGAGAUGUUUUGGAUUGUUAAAAGGAAGAUGGAAGAUCCUUUCAUCCCCUUCAUUCUUCUCGAUCCAAACUCAAAUUCGAAUCAUUAUGGCAUGCUGUUUGUUUUAUAACUUGAUUCGUAAAUAUAUGAGCCAUGAUCCUCAAGAAGAUGAAGAGGAAGAAGAAGAAGAAGAAUCAGAAAGUGAGGACGAAAGUGAAGAUGGGGAAUAUGUUACCAACAUUUGUCCAAGUGAUGAAUGGUCGGAAUUUAGAAAUAAUAUGUCAUCCAUAUGUUCAAUGCAUGGAGAAAUAGAUAGAUUUGUCUAA